AUGGGCAAACAGGCACAAUCUCCGGCCUACGUCCUAGGCGUUGGUAUGACCAAGUUUAUCAAACCGCGCGGAAAGGUCGACUACCAUGAGCUGGGUUUUGAGGCCGGUGUCAAGGCUAUGUUGGAUGCCCAUAUCACCUACGACGACGUAGACCAGGGCGUCGCAUGCUACUGCUACGGAGACAGCACCUGCGGCCAGCGUGUUUUCUACCAAUUCGGCCUUACGAAGAUUCCCAUCUAUAACGUCAAUAACAACUGCUCUACUGGCUCAACCGGCUUGGCUAUGGCUCGCACCAUGGUCUCUCAUGGCGCAGCCGACUGCGUCCUUGUAGUUGGCUUCGAAAAGAUGAGUCCGGGAAGCCUCUCUUCCAAAUUUAACGAUAGAGAGAACCCUACUGGCAAAUUCGGAGAAAUGAUGUUUGCUACCCGAGGACUCACUAAUGCUCCGGGAGCUGCCCAGAUGUUUGGAAACGCUGGUGUUGAGUAUAUCGAGAAAUAUGGCGCAAAGGCAGAAGAUUUUGCUGAAAUUGGACGAAUCAAUCACGAGCACUCAAAACGAAACCCAUACUCCCAAUUCCAAACUGAAUACACCCACGAGCAAAUAUCGAAAUCCCCCAUGAUUCACUUCCCCCUGACCAAGCUCCAGUGCUGCCCAACGUCAGAUGGCGGUGCUGCAGCUGUCAUCGUCUCACAGACCUUCCUUGACGCUCGACCACACCUCAAAGACCAGGCUAUCCUCAUUGCCGGUCAAUGUCUCGCCACAGACACCCCCUCAGUCUACAACGAAAGCUCCAUCAGUCUCAUGGGCUUCGAGAUGACUCGAUAUGCAUGCCAAACGGCCGCCGCCGAAGCCGGAGUAAAUGUCAAGGACGUCAAAGUCUGCGAACUACACGAUUGUUUCUCAUCAAACGAGAUGAUCACUAUCGACGCACUAGAGCUCUGCGAACCGGGCAAGGCCCACGAGAUGGUUCGAAAGGGCGAUAUCACAUAUGGCGGGAAGAUGGUCAUCAAUCCCUCUGGCGGUUUGAUCUCCAAGGGCCACCCACUGGGUGCAACUGGUAUUGCCCAAUGUGCAGAAUUAGUCUGGCAUCUUCGUGGCUGGGCCAACAACCGCCUUGUCAAAGGCACCGACGUUGCUCUACAGCAUAAUCUCGGUCUUGGUGGAGCUGUCGUCGUCACAGUAUAUAAACGUGCAGACGGCAAGACAUCCCAGCCAGUGACUAAUGAAGAAGUUGGAAAGAUUAAUCAGCUUGGAUAUAACCCUGCUGUUGAAGCCAAGGGGUUCACGGCCGAACAAGCCAGUAGUGUGCUCAGCAAGGAAAACCGCAGUGAGUGGGCUAUGGGUGAUACCCAAGAGAAGGUGCUUGCCCGCUUCUAG